CUGGCUUCACAUCCGGGCGGCUCUCUCGCUCCCCUUCAAUCACCAAUCCGCCUCCCUUCUCCUGCGCUCAGCUCUGCUCUCCACCGAGGACCGGGGAGGUCUGUUGGCUGCAGCAGAACAAACUCCCCCCCCCGAAUCCCGGGCCCCACCGAGAGAGAGGACGUCGCUGCUUCUUCGUCUCCACACAGCCGGUCCGGUCGCACAUGACGCGGCUGCUCCUCCGAUGCUGCUGGUGGUGGUGGUGCGCGGCGCCGAGCAGCAGCGCUCCUCGUCGGUGCGACAUCUCCGCGCUGAAGUAGCAUCGCUUAGCUAACAGCAUCGAUCUCUGCUGCUGCUCCACCGCCCCCUUUACCCUCCGGUCGGCCAGGUUGAUUGAUAGCUAACACCGGACCACGGAGAACAACAAACCUCCUCCUCCUCCACCGUGCAGCGGCUACACCGGUUAGGCCCUUAACGAGGAGUGUUAACCCGCGAUAUUAAACCCCCUUUCCUCUCCUGUCUGUGGCCUUUUAGGGGUCCGUUUCCUCUCUACCUCAACACCCCUGAGUCAGCUGCACUAUCACCCAGACUCUGUAUCAGCCUCCACUACGAGCCUUCACCUCCACUGGCUCUGCUGCUUCUGACAAUCCGCCCAAGGAGCGCUGCUCGGCGGGCGCUGAUUGCAGCGAACCCCCGGUUGCCCUCACCAUCACCGGCUCUCUUCCUUCUUUUGGCUUGUCUCUCUGUCUGGCUGCAGAGGGGAGCUAGUAGCCAGGCUGUUCCACCUCACACACCUCAUAAACACACCCAGCAAACAAGUCCAGUUACCCGAGCCACGGGUCUCGCCAUGCCGGGUCCGGUGGCCGGUAGCAAGUCCCGUGUGUACGCAGACGUCAACACCCUGAAGAGCCGGGAGUACUGGGACUACGAGGCCCACGUGCCCAACUGGAACAACCAGGAGGACUACCAGCUGGUUCGUAAGCUGGGCAGAGGGAAGUACAGUGAAGUGUUCGAGGCCAUCAACAUCACCAACAAUGAGAAGGUGGUGGUCAAGAUCCUGAAGCCGGUCAAAAAGAAGAAGAUCAAGCGAGAGAUCAAGAUCCUGGAGAACCUGCGAGGAGGGACCAACAUCAUCCGACUGGUGGACACAGUCAAAGACCCAGUGUCCAGAACUCCAGCGCUCGUCUUUGAAUGCAUCAAUAACACAGACUUCAAGGAGUUGUACCAGAAGUUGACAGAUUAUGAUAUCCGUUUCUAUAUGUAUGAACUACUGAAGGCCCUGGACUACUGUCACAGUAUGGGAAUCAUGCACCGUGACGUUAAACCCCACAAUGUGAUGAUCGACCACCAGUUGAGAAAGCUACGCCUUAUAGACUGGGGUUUGGCAGAGUUCUACCACCCAUCCCAGGAGUACAACGUCAGAGUGGCGUCACGAUACUUCAAAGGCCCCGAACUCCUGGUGGACUACCAGAUGUAUGAUUACAGUCUAGACAUGUGGAGCUUGGGCUGUAUGCUGGCCAGUAUGAUCUUUCAGAAAGAGCCCUUCUUCCAUGGACAAGACAACUAUGACCAGCUGGUGCGAAUUGCCAAGGUUCUGGGGACGGACGAGCUGUUCGGCUACUUGCGUAAAUACCACAUUGAACUGGACCCGCGCUUCAAAGACCUGCUGGGACAGCAGAGCAGGAAGCGCUGGGAACAAUUUGUGCAGACGGAGAACCAGCACUUGGUGAGUCCUGAAGCUCUGGACCUGCUGGACAAGCUGCUACGCUACGACCACCAACAGAGACUGACUGCCACAGAGGCCAUGGAGCACCCCUACUUCUACCCAGUAAUAAAGGAGCAGUCUCUGUCGAACUCUGACAACAACAUGGUAUCCAGUGGCAACACUACAGCGCGAUGAAACACAGAAGUGGAAGAAGAAGAUGUUUGUUACCUCAGCUUUGUACCCGGUUGUGACAGUAACUUUGACAAGUGUACAGUGACAAUGGAUCAAAGUAACUCUGACCAGUUACACACUCACAGAUACCUGCAUACGGAAUACACACAUCUACACACACACACACGCAAUCGAUGCAAGCACACCUCUACACGAACACACAGGCAGACAUGUAUACACACACCCUCCUCCUCUGUAUCAG